AUGUUGCCAGCCUAUCCACCAGCCGCCUUUGAUCCAACACAACCAUUCAACUACAAUCCCUAUGGAUAUGGUGUCUCCUUCACGACCGCCUAUGGAGCUCCACCAUCUAUGCAUCCCGGCAUCCAAGCAUGUACCAUCAGCCCUUUCUAUGACUCAGCUCACUCCAAGUCCUCAUCUCCUGCUUGUAGCAAAUCCGAGUCCGAAAGCUCACUGGAUUGCUCGGAUGAAUACAGGAAAAAACGAGAGAAACGCGAUCGAAACAACGAGGCCGCGCGAAGCUCACGUUUAAGACGAAAAGCACGUGAAAGCCGUCUCGCAAAAGAAGCGGAGGUGCUACAAAAAGAAAACCAAGUGCUAAGAGACGAAGUCGGCGAACUAAAAAAGGUUUUCUACAGCUUGCAAGAAGAAGCGAGUUGUCGACGAGUCACUGGCGAUGUAGCAGGAAAUUUCACAAUUUAUCAAAAUAUAGGCUUUCCUUACGAAGAAAAAGUAUUGUGA